AUGGAACCACCACUUAUUUUGACAACAUGCACACACGAAGAUGAUUGUCCUCAUUGCAGAUUAAAACAAAAACCAAAAGGAAUUCCUGAUAUAAAAGAAAAGCCUAAAAGAACACCAACUAAACCAAUAUUUGAAACAAAAGGGUUCCCAUCUCCUCAAAAGAAAUACCAAUCAACUAAAAAACCUGAAAUCGCUUCAAAAGAAACUGUUGAUUUCAUUACAAUGCUUCACAAAGGACAUAGUCAUUGUAAAGUUACUAAAGAUACAGUUUCGGUCAAUGCAAGUUGGAUGGGUUUUGUUGAAAGACCUAAAGUAUAUCCAGAGUUAACUAUAAAAAAUAUGAGGUUUGGAUUUGCUGGAGAAGUCCUUCCUUUUGAAGUUGAUUUGGCUGCAUUCAGUGGAUUGUAUAAUCAUGGAGAAGACCAAUGGGCUGCAGGAUAUUCAUUCAAUGAAAUUGGUAUGUUAAUUCGUUCUAAUGUAGUGUCUCAAGUUCGAGCAAUGCUUGGAAUUAUUGAAUCAAUAUGCGAUAGAUGUAAUGGAAUUUAUAGAGAGAUUUCAUAUCCACAAGAUGAUGGAACAUACUUUAAAAUAGGGGGUGAACAAUUUGGAGACAAAUAUUAUUAUAAAAAUAUUUCAAAGGAAGAUGUUUUCAGACAUUUGUGGCUAAACAAUGAUGUCUUCGCAUCACUGUGCGAGAUUAUUCUUAACAAAGACUCCACUACUUUGUACUAUGGUAUAGAAGUGUUGUACAAAAUGUUAAUUUGUUCUCCUCCUGAGUCUUUGCAUUUUAGAGCAGCAAUGAAGAAUUAUUUUCUUGAAACUAACACUGAUGAUGAGAAGAAAGAGGACAUAAUCCAAAGAUAUCUUAAACUACAUAUCAUAGGUAAAUUAGUUGAAUACAUGAAGAUAAUACCUUCAAACAUAGCUAUUAAAGCGUUAUGGAUUGCAAUUGGAUUUUUUAGAUUAGGAAAAGAUUAUCAAAAUUGUAUCAGUGAAGAUGAGAAAAAACAACUGGUUGCUCAAAUAUCACAAAAAAAAAGUCCUGUUUCUCAUAACAUUGGAAGUGAUGAAACUGAAAAAGCACUUGCUCAUUAUAUAGCAAGUGAACCAGAUAUUCUUCCAAUUUCUAUUGACGAAACAUGGUCAUUGGUUGAUGAAAUAAGUAAAGGAUUUAUUCCAGAAAAUGGAAAAAUCUUAUUAAUGACUUCUUUAGUAAAAAACAAAUCAUUAGAAAUUGAUAACGUAUUUAACCUUCAUCAAGCAAAACCUCGUGGAGUCAUUGGAUAUCAGUUUAUGAAAGAAACUAUUAAAUUAUUAACUUUAGAAGAAUUAGAAAAAGUCUAUUGCUCGUGUGAGUAUGAAGAUCUAUUCUCUGCACUACUUUGCAUAAGUUAUGCUGCAGAAAUUAUUCGAAGAAAUGGAAAAUUACACAAAGUGUUUAAGUUCAAUCAAUUACUUUAUUCUGAUGAAUCACGAUUUAAACCAAAAGAUCAUAAACUUUAUCAAAUAUUACCUACCUGUGAUUGGGAAUUCGAAUUUCCAUAUUUCCAAUUAGCUCUUUGUUCAGUUUUAAGUGGAAACACCUUAAAAGAGUUUAAUUACCAUUGGGAUGAACUUGGAGCACCAACUGAAGGUAUUUGCCUUUCACUACUCAGAGGAGAUCUUAAACUGGUCAUCAAACACCUCCCAGAAAUAUGUAUUACUUUUGGCAAAGACUGUUUUAUUCUUGUGCUUAAAAAGAUUUUGAAGGACGCUUGUUUAUCUGGUGGACAACUUGAAGAAUAUUUUUUCAACCACUUCAUAAAUCAGUUUACUGAAGUCACUAUUGGAGAGGCCUUCCCCCAAUACCCUGACAUUCUUUCAAUUGGGUUUUGUUCUCAAAACGAUGAUGUUGUUUCUCAAACUUUUGAACUAGUCAUAAGCCUUCUCCCUAAAUACGAUGAACUCAUUAUUCCACAUUACACAUCAAUUCUUAAUCUUCUAAAAAUGCCACAAACAGUUUUUAACAUUAAAAUGGAUCUGAUUGACUCAUACAUUAAAACGUUCUCUCAAGUCUCUCAAUCAAUAAUAUACGAUCCUUUGUAUAGCGCAAAACAAGAAAUCAAAAAUAUUCUUGAAGAACAAAAAAUGAAAGGGGUUUCUAACGUUGACUCAAUAGCUGACCAAAAUGAUAUCCUUCUAAUUCAACAAUCAAAAGAGUAUCAAAGCAUGUUUGCUGAUAUUACUCUCUUCAACCAAACAUCGUUAAAUCAUCCGCUAUUAAGUUUUCUUAUUCUACCAUUUUACCAUCCAGCCCCUGAAUUCUUAGAAGCAUUGCAAUUUUCAAUUGGCUCCUUUGGAACGAUAUACCCUUUCAACAAAACAAUGUACUUAAAAACAUCGGAUAAUUCAGAGUAUCUCAGACUCAUUGUUCAAGUUUAUAAAACUGCUCGUCAAUGGAACGACGUGAUAGCAGCUGCUUUAAGCUAUACAGUCAUCAGGCUAUGUGAAGAGGAUCAAACAAAUAUCAAAUUCUAUGAACUAACAAACAACGACAUAGACAAAAUGAAAACCUUGGUGAAUUCUAUUUUUUAUAAAGCCUUAUAA